AUGGCGGUGGAUUACAUUGAUUACACGGCGGCUUUUCGAAGGCAAGGUCCCCUCGCAUGCCCUACGCUUUUUCAGACCCCGCACACCGGCGUCACCUCGCAAGCAGCGGCCAUGCGACAAGAGAUCGAGGAGUGGCAGCUUUUGCCAUUCCAUAGGCACAGCUUGCACAUCCGUGCCUCUGGCGACACCCAGAGAAGGCCUCAAUUCAAAACGUGCAAAGAGAGCGCGCAAAAUCCGACGCUUCAAAGCAUUUCGAAGCCCGCAACACCUCCCUCCAGCUUUCGCUGUGGCCAAGCCUUCAGAUCUGUCCUGCGGCCUCCGGGGCAGAGUUGA